AUAUAUACACAAUUAUUUAAGAUUUGUACAGGAAGUAAAACAAAACACGAAAACCAAAUUAAGCCUAGGCCCACAGAGAGGUGCCGCUCUGCGAAGUUUCUCGAACCGUAGCAUUACACAAGGAGUAUAUCAGACCCAGAGCCAUUCGGUUAUCAAGAAACUCUGUGAAGAGAUAUAGUUGAAGAAGAAUUUCAGCAAGAUGAUCUAUUUACAAUAUUGUUGCUUCUUCGUUGAUUUGCGCAUUGGCACGUUCAUUAUAGCGGCCAGUGAAAUUCUAAUGGAUAUUUGCUUCGGAUUACUCAUAGCAGUAUAUGGCGAGUCGGGAUCACCCGAUCUGUGCCAUAAAUUAUUUAUUGCAUUCAUGAUUUUGCAUUUGAUUAGCGCUGUGUGCCUCUUGAUUGGCGCUAUAAAGUUGCGUCCGGGAUGCAUGCUAUUCUAUAUACUGAUGACUAUGGUCAAAAUAUUGGCCAUGAUCAUACUGAUUAUAUCGGACAUAAUACUGCUUAUCUGGAUACCAGUUAUAAUCAUCUAUGUGAUUAUGUUUGUGCUUGGGAUAUAUUUCUGGUUUGUCACCUAUUCGUUUUACGCUGCACUGGGCGGUAGCCUAUUCAUCUGAGUUACCAGUCGACGGCUGCCAGUAGAUUAUCGUUGUGAUGAAAUUGUAAUGUGGACGUCAAUUAUAUUGCCUUGCCUUAGCAAUCAUGUCUAAAGCAAUACAAAUAAAAUUUAAUACUCCACAAAA